CUAUAUAACACAACACAGCAUGCUUUCGUUUUACUUGUCCACUGCGAGUGAAAGAGAGAGCUAGUUAUUAGCUCUGCUUCCUUCAUUUUGAUCAAGUAGCUUCAUUUUGGGUUAAGCAAAUUAUCAAAUAUGAGGGUCAUUUUAUCAGCUGGUUGUGUUGUGGUUGCUAUCUUAUGUGUUUUUCUUGUGAGUGGUUUGGUUGUGGCGGAUGAUGAUGCUAAGGUGGUUAAGGAUGAUAAGCACUUAUUUCCUCAUCCCCACCCACGUUUUUUUAGGGGAGGAAAGGGGUUUAGGCAUGGAAGGUUUGGUGGCGGUGGAGUUGGUGGAGGCAUUGGCGGUGGCGGUGGUCUUGGUGGAGGCAUUGGCGGUGGGGGUGGUCUUGGCGGAGGUGGAGGUCUAGGAGGUGGUGGUGGGCUUGGAGGUGGAGGAGGUGCAGGUGGUGGGUUAGGAGGUGGUGGUGGUCUAGGUGGGGGUGCAGGAGGUGCAGGAGGUGGGUUAGGAGGUGGUGGUGGUGGUCUAGGUGGAGGUGCAGGAGGUGGUGGUGCUGCUGGGGGUGGCUUAGGAGGAGGAGCUGGAGGUGGUUUAGGAGGAGGAGCUGGAGGUGGUUUAGGUGGAGGAGGAGCCGGAGGUGGUUUAGGUGGAGGAGGAGCCGGAGGUGGUUUAGGUGGAGGAGCUGGAGGUGGUUUAGGUGGAGGAGCUGGUGGUGGUGGGGGUUUAGGUGGUGGUGGUGGACUUGGUGGCGGUGGUGGAGCUGGAGCAGGUGGUGGGUUUGGUGCUGGUGGCGGAGGUGCUGGAGGAGGUGGCGGGCUUGGUGGUGGUGGUGCAGGUGGAGGCUUUGGUGGAGGUGCAGGUGGUGGUGUUGGUAGGGGCGGAGGUCUUGGAGGAGGUGCAGGUGGAGGUGUUGGUGGGGCCGGAGGUCUUGGAGGAGGUGCUGGUGGUGGAGGUGGGUUCGGGGGUGGUGGUGGGGUAGGCAGUGGCGCUGGAGGAGGCUUUGGAGCUGGUGGAGGCUUUGGCAAAAGUGGAGGUGUUAGCGGUGGAUUAGGCGGUGGUGGAGGAGGCGGAUUUGGUGGAGGAGGUGGUUUUGGUGCUGGUAGUGGGGCUGGCUUUGGCGGUGGAGCUGGAAUCGGAGCUGGCGGUGGCCACUAAUUCAAGUGCAAUCAUGAUAUGAACAUUAGUUUUCAGCUGCAACUUAAUUUAGAGAAAUGAAUUAAUUUCUAGCUAUAUAUUAUUUACUUCUUAUGUUCCCUAUCAUGAAAGUACGUAACGUGUUAAUAGGAGGGGUAUUAUUAAUUUGCAGCUUUAGUAAUCAGUAUUAUUCUUUAAUCUUAUUAUAAUUAAUUUCCUUUAAUUUCUUA